GCCUGGAGGAGUAAAGAUGGCGGCGCGGGGUCCUCCGCCUUCAUUUCCCAGCUGAAGCCCUCCGAGGGAGGCGGUGGCGGCCACACAAGGCUACCAGCCUUCUGGUGGUGGUAGUUUUGGCAGCAGCUGCGGAGGCUAGAGCCAUGGCGGAGCUGGAGCACCUGGGAGGGAAGCGGGCAGAGUCGGCGCGAGCGCGGCGGGCUGAGCAGCUGCGGCGCUGGCGGGGCUCGCAGACAGAGCAGGAGCCCGUGGAGCGACAGGGCACGGGGCGGCAGCUGCAGACAAGACGCGGGAGCCCCAGGGUCCGCUUCGAGGACGGUGCGGUCUUUCUGGCUGCCUGCUCCAGCGGGGACACGGACGAGGUGAAAAAGCUUCUGGCAAGAGGUGCGGACAUCAACACGGUCAACGUGGACGGCUUGACAGCCCUGCACCAGGCCUGUAUUGAUGAAAAUUUGGACAUGGUGAAGUUUCUGGUGGAGAACAGAGCCAAUGUAAACCAGCAAGACAACGAGGGCUGGACACCUCUUCAUGCAGCAGCUUCGUGUGGUUAUCUCAACAUAGCAGAGUAUUUUAUUAGCCAUGGAGCCAGUGUGGGUAUUGUGAACAGCGAGGGUGAAGUUCCUUCUGACCUUGCAGAAGAGCCAGCCAUGAAAGACCUUCUUCUGGAACAAGUAAAGAAGCAAGGAGUUGACCUAGAGCAGUCAAGAAGGGAGGAAGAGCAACAGAUGCUUCAGGAUGCCCGCCAGUGGCUCAACAGUGGGAAAAUAGAAGAUGUGAGGCAGGCUCGCUCAGGGGCCACAGCCCUGCAUGUAGCUGCUGCCAAGGGUUACUCUGAAGUCCUCAGACUUUUAAUUCAGGCCGGCUAUGACCUCAAUGUUCAGGAUCAUGAUGGCUGGACUCCUCUUCAUGCUGCUGCACACUGGGGAGUGAAAGAGGCUUGUUCCAUCCUGGCAGAAGCACUCUGUGACAUGGAUAUCCGGAACAAACUGGGCCAGACACCAUUUGAUGUGGCUGAUGAAGGUCUUGUGGAGCACUUGGAGAUGCUUCAGAAGAAGCAAAAUGUGCUUCGAAGUGAAAAGGAGACACGGAAUAAGCUCAUUGAGUCAGACCUACAUAGCAAGUUUCAGAGUGGACUCUUCAAGAACAAAGAGAAGAUGCUUUAUGAGGAAGAGAACCCUAAGUCCCAAGAAACAGAGGAAGAAAACAAGAACUCCAGCAGCUCCAGUUCAGAGGAAGAGGAAGGUGAAGAUGAAGUUUCUGAAUCAGAAACUGAGAAGGAGGCAGAUAAAAAGCCAGAAGCUACUGUCAACCAUUCCAACUCUGAAAGCAAGAGUAGUAUCAUGGAGCAGAUCCCAGCCCCAGCUCAGAAUACCUUCUCUGCCUCUUCUACCAGGAGAUUGUCCAGUCUUUUCAACAAGACAGAAGAGCCCAAAGACGAAUCUCCUUCUUCAUGGAGACUGGGACUCAGGAAAACUGGCAGUCACAACAUGCUGAGUGAAGUGGCCAACUCCAGGGAAGCCUUUAGAGAUCGAGGUUCUUCCAUCUACCGUUCCUCAUCAAGCCCUCGGAUCUCAGCUUUGCUGGAUGACAAAGACAAGGAAAGGGAAAACAAAAACUAUUUUAGUACGUUGGCACCCCGGAGGCUCAGCAGCACAAGUGACAUUGAAGAAAAGGAGAACAGAGAGUCAGCUGUUAAUCUAGUGAGAAGUGGCUCCCACAGCAGGCAGCUGUGGAGGGAUGAAACGAAGGGAAAUGAAACCCCACGGACAAUUGCCCCUUCCACUUAUGUGUCCACUUACUUGAAAAGUGCUUCAUUUGGUAAAAGUAGUGACCCCACAAGUCCCUACAUUUCAGCCAAUCGCAAUUCAUCUCCUGCUACCUCACCCAUUACCAUUGGUUCAUCCACCUCUCGGGGCAGCCAGUGGCAACCUGCCUCUUGCCCUGCGCCAGUCAGUACAAACACUGCUGCAUCUGUACAGCAUGUCAGGACUCCUUACAAAUCCCAGGCUGAUUCAACCCCAGAGAAAACAACAGACGGUGUCUCUUCUAGUAGCCCUCUGUGUGUGAUCACCAAUCGCCCUGCACCAAGCACUGCCAAUGGGGUUCCAGCUGCUACAGUGUUCUCCUCCACUGGAACAGACUCCUCCGUGGAAGCCCGGGAGAAGAGGAGAUCUUAUCUGACUCCUGUACGGGAUGAGGAGGCAGAGUCUUUACGGAAAGCACGCUCCAGACAAGCUCGGCAGACGCGAAGGUCUACUCAAGGUGUUACCCUGACUGACCUUCAGGAAGCAGAGAAGACUUUCAGCAGGUCGAGGGCAGAGAAACAAGCUCAGGAGCAGCCUGGUGAGAAGCUUGAAGACCCAGGUGGGCUUGAAGGAAGCACCAAGAAGCAGGAGCCAUCAGCUGCCCCAACAAAGGAAGCUGGGGAGGACCAGCAACCUUGGGGCAGGAGUCUGGAGGAAGAGCCUAUCUAUCGUCGCUUAAGGUGUCCAACUCAACCAGACAAGCCCACAACACCAGAGUCUCCUUCUGCAUCAAGACCCUUUCUCUACACUAGUUCUCAUCUACUACGGACAAGUAGAGCUUCAGUCCCUGAUUCUGAGAAUUCAGAGACCACCAUAAACGCCACAGCUGCAAAGGAAAUGGACAAGAAUGAGAAAGAAGGAGACAAUUUGGAUGAUCAGUCCUCUAACACGCUGACUAUCCGAGAGAGGAGGCGACCUAAGGACCGGCGAAGAGGCACGGGUAUUAACUUCUGGACAAAUGAUGAGGAUGAGGAUGUCUCUGAAGAGGUCAAAGAAAAAUGGCAUGAAAGACUUUCUAGGUUGGAGUCAGGAGGCAGUAACCCAACCAGCAGCGAUUCUUACAGUGACCGCGCCUCAGCAAGAGCCCGUCGGGAGGCCCGAGAGGCUCGCCUAGCCAGCCUGACCAGCCGGGUAGAAGAGGACAGCAACAGGGAUUAUAAAAAACUCUACGAGAGCGCCCUGACCGAAAACCAAAAACUGAAAACAAAACUUCAGGAGGCCCAGCUAGAGCUAGCUGAUAUAAAAUCCAAGCUUGAGAAGAUGGCCCAGCAGAAACAAGAGAAGACCUCUGACCGGUCGUCGGUGCUCGAGAUGGAGAAAAGGGAGAGGCGAGCAUUGGAACGUAAAAUGUCAGAAAUGGAAGAAGAGAUGAAGGUGUUAACAGAACUGAAAUCCGACAAUCAGAGGCUGAAAGAUGAAAACGGUGCCCUCAUCAGAGUCAUCAGCAAACUGUCCAAAUAGAUGAGGUCAGAUCUGGAGGCAGGGACAGCAUUUGCUGCGCGCCCUUUGUUUCCAGCUAUGGAUGUUUCAGAAGAAGGGCACCUCCUUCUGCUCUCCUCAGUCACCUCUGCACUGUACAUUUUCUCUGCACUCUCAAUGUCCCGUUGCUCCCGCACUGCUAUCCAAGUUUUAUGACAGUUUUAACUGAAGCAUGAUUGUGACCAUUUCAAGCAAUCUGGAGAAAGCUUUGUGGGGUACACCAAGCUCAGGUGUGGACCCCCAACUUUCUGCUGCUUUGUCCACAUUGGUUUCAGUAUAGAUAUGUAAGGCUUUGACCUGUAAGGCCUUUACACUGACCCACUGUCCUUUGAUAUAGGUGAGUCUUGCGGUGGCCCCUCUGGGAUCUUCUCUGGGGUGCCAGGAGAAAGGGCAGAAUGUGGAAUUACUCUGUGGGCUGCCUCUGGAGCUGUUGCGGAGAGUCCAAGGUGAUUGUGACUCUGUUAUUCACCUCUCAGGGACUGACUUGUUUUUACUUUUCUAUCAAUAACCUAGAACUUUCCUGACUAGUCUUAACCCAUUUCUCCCCUUCUACAAGGCUUAGAUUCUCUAGGUCCUUUUCUUUCUGUCCUUUUAUUUCUCCUCCUAGCCUGAUGGCAUAAAAGCUGAAACAGAGCUCCUGACCUCAGUUGUUUUGGGCCAUUAUGGGAAAUCAUCACUCUGUUGCCUUGGUACCCUGACCCCUGUCUCGACAGAGCUAGAGGAUGGCUUAUGGGUCAGCCCAUUGUUCACAUCUCCCACUUGUCUGCUUCAAAGUGACUUUCUGGACUCUUCAAGGCAGACAUAGUAGUAUACACCUGCUACCCCAGCACUCGGGGAGCUGAGGAGGGGGACUGGGUUCUAAAUACGUCCGUUUGCCUUCUUCCUCGGGCUGCGUUGUCCUUUCUACCUGUGCACCUGCUCCUAAUGAGGAAGGAAGUCGUUGCAAGGAGACCUGGGGGAGAGUCGGGGACGGAAGCAGGCUCAGGACAGGAAGAGAGCGCGUGAGGACACUUGGGACACAGAGCUUAUACUGUGAGAACGGUGGUAACUUUCUUUCUAGUAGUCACAUUCAGGGGAGAGAUACUGCCCUUCUUAGAAGCCAACAGGAGAAAUGACUGCUGGGGUAGGAACUGAAGAGGAUGAAGUGCAUCCAGCCCAUAAUAAAACUCAUGGGCUCCUAAGAGUGGCAAGGCUCAUGCAUCAUCUGGCCCAGCUUCCCUGUGUCACAGGGACCCCUCUCUGCCGCCAUAGCUCUGGCCUAUGGUCAGCCUUUGGUAACUAUGCAUUUGACUUGACACUUGGGCACCUCUAGUAAGCAGAGUUUUUACUAAGAGCAGCUGAGCUCUGCUCUCUCUGCCUGCCCAGCACAUUAAAUGUGAUGGGUGGUGGUCUCUUUCUGUAGUCUCCUCAGUCCCUCUUCAGACGUCAUGGUUUUAACACCUGUCACAUCUUGACUGCCAUCCUCUAGAGUUUAGACAAAGGCAGCCCUUUAGAUGAUCGUGUCUCCGCCUUUACAGACUAUUCCGUGAUUCCGGCACAUAGUUAAAGUGCUAGUUCUCAUCGGUGAGCCAGUGUCGGUGGGGAUAAUGCUGGAUUCCUGUAGGCAUUUUGUCCUUUGGGUCACACUAAAGAACAGGUCCUUUAAAGCCUCAUUAUUUGGGGGUUGCCAGUGAUGUGGACCAUUCUAGUACUACCUCUGUUAUUUUUCUUUCAUGAGGGUGCCACUGUCAUCCUUUUCUGUGGCCCUUGCAGACUUCGUGUGCUCUUAAACAGAAGCUGUAAUUCAGGAUCCCAGUUGCAGAAUAGGACCAUGCUCACUCUGAUACACUUUGAGCACAUACAAGAUUCUGUUUUCCAUUUCAGCCCACUCUUCUGAGGAGUCUGUUGGGCCACUCUGUCAUGGAGCACUGAGCCCAGGUCUUAGGGAAGACUGAACCACAGUGAGAGGGACUUGUCUUCACCUAUAGGAAUCAUUCUCAUCUUGCUGGGAAAUGUCAACAACAUGCCAGACAACUGAUUCUCCUAGAAUGGCUAGGACAUUGGGAAAGAGGGCAUUGCUGCCUUGUCUUAGGAAAAGAAAAUGGAUGUUGGGAAACCAUUUUGAGCCUCCUCCAUUCAUAGAUCAGGUAAAGGUGUUGCAGAGUUCUCUGCCUUUGGACCUUUUGAAGUGCGGGGGCAGGUUCUCAGAACUCCUCACAAAUUGCCAUUAAUACCUGCUGCUUUUCAUGGCCUUCCUUCCAUGUUAAGAUGCCACCUCUUGGCAGGAAGGUUUCCUUGUGACAAGUUAUUUAUAAGCUUUUCAGUCUCAGGAGUACUGGACUCUGUGGCCAAGAACAUAUCAUAGUACAAAUGAUCCUAGGUAAUUUCAGGCACUUCCUAUUGGGCCACCAAUUUUAUUAGACAAGAAAACAUUGUGAAUUUAAUCUCUUCCAGAAAAGAAAAGAGAACUCCGUUUCUUUAAAGUGAUAUUGAUUGAAAGCCCCCAUGAAAGACAUUGGCCUUCUGAUAGCCAACUGGACUCUCGGUGCUGGUCUCCUUUUCCUUUGUUGCUUGGCCAGUUACACACUCUAGGUCUCCCCAAUGGCCACCAGCCUCACCUGCUGGCUUCUUGUGAGUAAUCUCACAGCUGGAUCUUAGUGACCGAACACCACUGCAAGCAGGUGGCCCUGCAGAACUCAGCCUGUCACAAACCGGUCUUCAUGAGAAAUUCAGAUGGGGACAAGAAUGUUCUAAUUCAUUUGACAGCUUUGGGAGUAAUGACUGGGCCAGUCAGGUUCUGGGUUUUCUUUCCUGUGACUUUCAGGGGCGUCUGAGCCUUUCUAGGCAGCACCUGAAGUACUCCCUCUCACUUCCAUCCCUGUCUCUAGGGGAAGGGUCUUGCCUCGAAAGAACCAGAAGGACAGCUCUAUCUUGGGCCCACUCGGGUCACAGAAUUCCUAGAACUUCCUUGUGUGUCCAGCAGUGGGGCAUGUUCUCACCCCACUCUCCCUGCUUCUUUCCCAGUCCUCAGCCCUCUAGACGUAAGCAUUGUUCCAUGAGGCGGCUUCCACUCAGGGAGGACAGGAUGGAGGCUGUGGGCCCUAUAAAAAGAGUAUAUAAACCAGAGAUGAAAGGAGGAACUCUCCAAGCUAUGCCCUUGCUGGGACUCUGGUUUCUGUCCCAACCCAGUGCAAAGUACUGACAUGCUGGCACUUGGGAGGAGUAGGUCUCUGUGACCAGAACCCUGGGGCCAGGAGGACUGCAGAAAACAUGUGAGCCUUGAGAUAGAAGCCUAGGGGCAGCUAGACCAGCAGGGUGGUUGGGGACUGCUUCCCCCAGCAGCUGAGCUACAGUGCCCACUGCAGUCUCCCCUCCCCUGAGGCUGGGAUACAGGAGCUCUGCUGUCCUCGCUCAGGACCGCAAGGCUCUAAUCCACGGUCACAUGCCUUUUCAGAAGUGGCCUGCCCAGAUCCAUGCCUAAUUAUAGCUACAUCUUGGUUGCCAAUCUGUUCUGAAGGUAAGUGCAAACCCUCAAACAAUAUGGUUCCCCUCACCCUGGAAGUGAGGUGGCUUUGAGGGCAGGAUAAGGUGCACAUAGUUAAGCCACAGGGAGUCCAGGGAGUCCAGGGCCAACUAUAGAGCUGUAACCCUUGGGCAAGAUAAUCUUUUAAGGUCCCAUUGUGCUUAAAAUUCUGUGAUUUGUUCAUUUCUAGAAAAAUGAGAACAUUUUUGACACUUAAAUUUCUGCUUCUUUUCAAAUUUUCAAAAUCAGUCUUGUUUUCUUCCCAAAUUCAAGCUGUUUAAGAUCAGGGUGUCAAGGCUGACUCCUCCUCUUUAGAAAGUGAUUUUAACAUUGAGAGCAAUUGAAUAGUGUAAUGAUCGCUCUCCCUCCUGGUGGCUAAGUAAAACAUAUUCCCAACCGGAAGAGAUGGAGCUUGGAACUGGUAGGGGAUGGGUAGAGCAGUGUGUCACUAGGAAACCAGCUGCUGGUGGUAGGUUUGCUCAGCCACUUCUCCCAGAUGUGAUCAGCAGUUUCCCAGUAUCCAAGCAGCAGACUUAACUACAAUUCUGCUUGGCACCAGCUCGUUCCUAGUCUUGAACUCUGCCUUGAGCAGCAAGAGUGCUCUGUAGUGAAGACCUCAGCCACUUCAGCUGAGCUCUGCCUUGGAGCACUAAGCUCUCAGAAGGCGGUGCUCUGGUGUUACUCAAGUGGUCUUUCAAGACCUGCUUCUGUAGGUGUUUACAGACCCCACAAACAGCCUAGCAUAGAAUGGUGUCCAGCUCUGGCCAGACUCCUACAGUCGGGGCUCGGAUGUGAGGAAAGAGCCAAACCCUGGAAGUGGAGGCCUGCAUGCUAUAAUGGGUAAAGGCAGAGCAAGGUCUGUGCAUGUGGAACACGAUUGCGAUGCAAGCAUUGGGAGAAAGGAAGCCAGAUUUCCUCACCUGGAAGUGCGUUCUGUCUCGUUGAGCUCAUCCCUCAGCUCCAGCUGAGGCUGAGUGGAGAUUUUAAUCAGCCUUCCUAAUGGGUAUUGACACUGCUCAGAGCAGUAGACUCUGUCAGGGACAACUAUUGAUUGCUUGUGUUCUGAUUAGAUUGAAAAAAAUAGAUCAACUUCAUUAUAGCCCAGGAGCUGUCAUUGUCACAGCUACAAAGGAAUGAAGUAAGUGGUCUCUGAGGGCUGAGGAGAAACAACCGGACUCCCAACAAACCAGAGGGCAGCUGAAAGUUGUGUCUAUGGCUCCUUGAGAGUGGUAGUUAAGGGUCUCAGUUGUUCCGUGGUGUGCCUUGCCACCCAACCCAGUGCUUGGAUGUCCACUGGCUAGAUGGUGGAGGAAGGAACUUCUAAAGCCCAUGGCACUGAAGUAUGUUCUGGCUUACCUCAGAAGAUUUGGCAGUGUGAGGGUCUCUUCAGCCUGGGAAUGAACGAAAACACACACACACACACACACACACACACACACACACGACAGGCUGGAACUUUCAAAGAGAGGUCUGGCAUUUUCUUAAUUAGAAAUGAGAACUCAGAAACUAAUUUUAUCCAAGUAUAGCUGUCUCUUUUGCUCUUCCUACACCAGCUUCCCAAAGGACUUCUCUCUCCCACGCAUCUGCUUGUUUCCCAGCUUGGGAAUCUGCCAGAAUGACAUUUUGUUAUUUUGCUUCUAAAUUUUCCCCUAAUGCUUCCAAUAAAAAUUAACUUGGGUGGCCCUUAAGGUGCCAUCAAGAUGCUAGGUCCUUCCAAAUAAGUAUCCCCUUCCCCCUCCUCUCCUCCAUACUCCUUAGGCCUUGCUUCUACACUGGGACUUGAUGGUGUCUGAGGGAAGAGGUUUCCCAUUAAUCAGCCAAGAGUCCUGGAGGAUUUUCAAACACCAACAGCAUGUCAUUUCCCCCACCCACCCAGGGCCAGCCCCUAAUCCACUUUUUCAAAGCCCUUCAGAGACAAGGUUUGGCUUAUAGGUCUAGAUAAUUCCUCUGUCACAGGGCUGUGUCCGAGACAUCAUUUCCUGGGGAUGUGACUGAUCCCCACAUAAGGCACAAGUGUCUGCCCAGCACAGGCUGAACUAGUUUGUCUGUGCAGUAGGUGACAGUCACUCAGCCACGCAGGAGAGGUGAUGAAGAAAAGGCUGGACCAUGAGGAGUCAUAAGCUCUUAGGCAUGGUCUCAAACCCAGAGCUAGAGAUGAGAGCAGGAUCCUGAACAAGGGACACUUGGGGCCAGCACCAGCCCGAUUCUCUCCCAAGGGCGUGUCUGUGCUGUUCUCAGCUUCUCCUAGGAUGGGAAAGACUAGUGCAAAGCAGCUGUAGCUAAGGACACCAGAGGUGGCUCCAGAAGAAAACUCUGAGAAUGCAUCCAUCCACCAUGCACACAGAACCUACCAGCCACCACCCCUCGAGCCCAGCAGAUCGGGCCUCCUCUGGCCUGGCCUUCAAGAACAGCUGUGACUUCCCUGAAGAGGGGUGGCGUGGCCUACUGAGGCAGUGGUGGUCCACAGCUCAGCUUUGGCUUCACGGUUUUCCUCUGUUCUUGUCUCCUUUGCCCCCCACUCCUGAUCACCGCUUGAGCGCCUUUUUUUUUUUUUUCUUAAUUUCCUCUCUCCACCCUUCACCCACACUUAGUGCACCAAAUAGAGCUGUUUUCUAGCUGAGUUGUGUGGAUUAACUUCAGUCAACUGUAAAUACACCUGGAGGAGGCUCCUGAGGGAGGGGAAGCCAGACUGGCUUUGUGAACUGAAUGUAUUUUUAUGCAACUUUGAGUGACCUUCCAACCCUGAGAUGGAUGGACUUGUUUUACUGGUUGUUAGUAUGUGGUAUUAAGUAUUCUGUGUUUGAAAGUUUGGGAAUAAUAUUCACAUCUGUAUGAUGCCUGUAAACACAACAGUAUUUAUAAACGAGCAAAUAAAACUGUUUUAACUUUG